AUGGUGAGCUGCUGGGCGGUCCUGCUGCUGCUGGUCACCGCAGCCACCGCGGUCCCCGUGAAGACCCCUGAGCCCUACGAGAAGGCCAUUGCCCGGGCCAUCGACUUCUACAACCAAGGACCGACAGUGAAAUACGCCUUCCGCCUUCUUACAGCCACCCCUCCGCCUGAAGGCACCCAGGGCACCAUAUCGAAUACUCUUCAGCUGAACUUCACCAUCAUGGAGACCACGUGCCAAGUGACAGACCAAGUGUCAAACCAAGUCCGUGUGGAGCAAUGCGCCUUCAAAGAGAAUGGGCUGGUCAGAGACUGCUCAGGACACUUCUCCACCCAGGAAGCAUGCCCUGUCUUCGCGAUCACCUGUGACGUCGCCCCUCCGCAGCCCGUUCGCGUCACCAGGUGGUGGCCCCUUGUGCGCAUAGGCGCAAAAAUCCUGGGUCAUGGCAUUUCCUUUUUCCACAAGAGGGGUUAA